GUUGCCGGAUCCACAUUGACGCAUUGGCAUUUGACAAACAAAUUUUUGUCAAACAUUUUCCAUUCUUGCAUUAAAAUUUUAAAAUCUCUCUCGAGUUGUUAAACUUAUUAGAUUAUUAAAUAAGUCAAGCAUAAAAUGGAGUCUGAGUCAUUUGGCAACUACAGUUUGUUACGUUAUCCUCCCGGAUAUCCUCCUAGGGACCAGACUGACCUGAACAUUCGUGAUAUUAAUUCGCUGAAGAAGGGAAAAUACCUUACGGAUCAAUGUGUCGACUUUUGGCUGAAAUAUGUCCAAACAGAAAAAUUGAGUCCAGAAAUCCAGGAAACUGUGUACACUUACUCGUCCCUGUUCUACACCUCUUUGCUUCGAGGGUCCAGCCUUAACAACAACGGGCCGAAUGGACGACGACGCUACUCAAGACGAAUCUCGGUUGAUAUUUUUCAAAAAGAUUUCCUAGUGUUUCCGGUAGUUGUUGAUGCUCAUUGGCAGCUGGUCAUUGUUUGUUAUGCUGAAAACUCUAAUAGCGAACCUCGCUCGAAGCGUCCCAGAACGGUAGAGGGAAAAAAUACUGCUGAAGAACCUCCCAUGAUUAUAAUUUUGGAUUCAUACCAGGUCUAUAAUAAGCCAUCCGCUUUUGUUUUAAUGGCUGCGAUUAUUAGAUCCUUUCUUACCACGGAAUGGAAGGUACACCGUGGCGAAACAGAUUUUGAAUUUUCUCCGGAAAAUCUUCCCCUCCGAAUACCUGACCUUCCACAGCAAUCUAAUCUCUCUGACUGCGGGGUUUACAUACUUCAAUUUUUUGAAGGAUUCUUCACCAAACCUCCUUCCGUCCCAUUGCUAACAUUCUUUCAAACUUCGACAGACUGGAUUUAUUCGUACACCAAGAACGUUGAGACUGACAAGAGAGAACACAUCUAUCAAACCAUUCUGUCCUUGUUGAGAAGUAAACAGCACCAAUUAUUCCCCAAUGCGUGUCGUCUCUUGCCCAAGACCACGUCAGGUCUGCCUGUAUCAGAGAGAUUUAGUCAAGCCGGUUUUCUUUCCUUAUUCGCCAACGAGGUACAAAUAACGGCGUCAGAAUCUCGAAAAGCGGAAACUACAAAAGUGGUUCAAGACUUUUUUAAAACUUGGAAUCAAACAAAAUUUCUCAAUAACUCGACAAGUACGAAUAACAACGUUAAAGAAGAUGAUUUAGAGUCUGGUCCUGUUGAACUUGAAGCCGCUCAGGCAUCGCUUGGUAUCGAUGUUUCGAAACCAUGCACAAAAGUCACUGUACGAAUGGCAGAUGGUACAAGAUAUACGAUAACUCUGAACGUUAGUCAACCGGUCUCCACGAUUCGCCAAUUUAUUUGUCAACUACGUCCGUCUCAAGCGUCAAAGAUUUUCUCCCUGGUAGCUUCCUACCCUUGUGUUGAAAUCAAUGAAAGUUUGACGAUACAGGAUGCAAAUUUGAACAAUUCAGUCGUCACGCAGCAGAUGAAGUGAUGUCAUUAACUUUUAUUUACCCAAUCAAGAAAGUUGAAUAUAUAAUACUUACGCGAAUAUUUAUAUGAUUGAUUUUUGGAGUAUUCGACUCGUAUAUAUUUUUUUAAUUUCUUGAAGCAUUGCGGAUUAUUGUAAUGUUGUCAUUUACUGCUUACUGGUAUUUACAACUAGAAAUCUACACAUUAAUCAAUGCAACAUAAUAUAUUAUGUAUUGUUCACAAUAAUAUGGAUUAAUAAUAUCAAGACCAAUUAUCAAGUGCCAACAAUUAAGUAAAUC